UCGAUUAUUUGAUGCUGGUAACUUAGAGUCUGCAGCUUGGGGCACAUCUAGCAAUGCAUUUUCUUAGUUGUCUGAAAGUUGUUGCUCUAUCCAAUUAUGCCAACCUUAGAUGACAUCUUGGAGCACAUUGGGGAAUUUAACUUCUUCCAGAAACAAGCCUUUUGCUUCCUAUGCCUGCUCUCAGCUGCUUUUGCUCCUAUUUAUGUGGGAAUUGUCUUCUUGGGCUUCACCCCGGAUCACCACUGCUUCAAUCCUGGUGUUGCAGAAUUAAGUAAGCGAUGUGGCUGGAGUUUGGAAGAGGAGCUGAAUUACACAGAGCCAGGCCUGGGUGUACCAGAAGAUAUUUUUACCAGACAGUGCCGGAGAUAUGACGUGAACUGGAACCAAACAGCCCUCAGCUGCAUGGACCCUUUAGCUAAUUUUACCAGCAACAGGAGCCACAUCCCUCUUACCACCUGUCAGGAUGGCUGGGUAUACGACACUCCAGGCUCCUCCAUUGUCACUGAGGGAAAGUAUUACAAACACUGUACCCACAUAAUUUUUCUCUCUAUUGAAAGUACUCCUGCCACUGGACCAGAAUUUAACCUGGUAUGUGCAGAUUCCUGGAAGGUAGACUUGUUCCAAUCCUGUGUAAAUGUGGGAUUCUUUCUUGGCUCUGUGGGAACUGGCUAUAUGGCAGACAGGUUUGGUCGCAAAGUGUGUCUCUUAAUUACAAUCUUCAUCACUUCUCUCUCUGGAGUCCUCAUGGCCAUCUCACCCAACUAUGCAUCUAUGCUCAUUUUUCGUUUUCUGCAAGGACUGGUCAGCAAGGGAAGCUGGGCCUCUGCAUACAUCUUGAUCACAGAAUUCGUUGGUGCAGCAUACAGAAGAACCGUGGGUAUUCUCUUCCAGAUGAGUUUUGCAGUUGGCCUCGUGAUGCUCUCAGGAAUUGCUUAUGUUAUUCCCCAUUGGCGAUGGCUACAGCUGACUGUUACUCUACCAACCUUCUUCUUUCUGCUCUAUUACUGGUGUGUGCCCGAAUCUCCUCGGUGGCUGUUAUCACAGAAGAAAAACGCCAAAGCAAUAAAGAUAAUGGAACACAUUGCUCAAAAGAAUGGGAAACAGCUGCCUGCUAAUCUCAAGACCCUCUCUCUUGAAGACGAUGAUGAUACAGAAAAGCUAAGUCCUUCCUUCGGAGACCUAUUCCGAACCCCCCAGAUGAGGAAACAUACUUUCAUUCUGAUGUACAUCUGGUUCUCAGGCUCUGUGCUUUAUCAGGGUAUCAUUAUGUACAUGGGGGCCACAGCUGUUAACCUUCACCUGGAUUUCUUGUACUCCUCUCUGGUUGAAUUCCCAGCUUCCUUCAUCAUCAUCUUCACCAUUGAUCGUGUUGGCCGCCGCUAUCCUUUGGCUACCUCAAAUUUUAUUGGAGGGGUAGUUUGUCUUAUUUUGAUAUUUAUUCCGGAUGAUAUUCACUGGUUAAAAGUGACUUUGGCAUGUCUUAGCAGGUUGGGAAUUACUACUGUAAUUCAGAUGAUUUGUUUAGUGAACGCAGAACUAUACCCCACAUUUGUCAGGAACCUUGGAGUGAUGGUCUGUUCUUCCUUGUGUGAUGUGGGUGGAAUCAUAGCCCCUUUUAUUGUCUUCAGACUGACAGAAAUUUGGCACAAGUUACCCCUUAUUCUAUUUGCUGUGAUUGGCCUGCUUGCCACUGGAAUGGUGUUGCUCCUACCAGAGACAAAGGGGAAGGUGUUACCAGAGACCAUUGAAGAUGUUGAGAACCUGGGGAAGAGGAAGCCCAAAAACACCAAAAUCUUCCUUCAGACAGAAAAAUCCAAGGAUAUGGGCAACUGAAAGAGAUGUGGCCUCAGUGGAAUGGUUUCUUGGGUCAAGGAAAAUUGACUAACCAUCAGAAAUGCACAACGAGAAGCGUGCAUUUCCUUUUAGUCUUGCUCCAUUGCUACUCUGACACGUGCCCAUCUGGUUUUUGCUCAGCUCUCCAGAAGGCAGUGACAGUUUUAAAAAAUCAUUUCUGGUUUUGUUAAUGUUCUUCCACUAGUCUACUGAAGUCAUCACUGACUUUUUACCUAUUUAUCUUUCAAAAAAUCAAGAUCUUGUGGUUGUGAUCAUGACUUUAUUAUCAGUCAAUUAAUAAGCAUUUAUGUACCAGGCACUAGCUCUGUGACCCAGGCAAGCCACUUAAUGCUCAGAUAACUCUCUAAGAGUAUAAAUUACCAGAGGGAAUGACAACUGCAUUGGUAAGGAAAGCUGUUUUUUCUGGAGGUCCCUAUACCAAUGAUGAAAUCACAAAUCUAGGACUUCUUCCUUCUUUUGAACCCUUCUAAAAUGUAAGUAUUUUGAAAUAAAUGUGGUUAGAUUAUGACAUUUUUUAGUAUGAAUAAGUCAUAGUCAAAGAUAAUGGGGAUCAUGAUUCAACAGUUAUAUGGUUCUACAUUUGAGGAUAUAUAUAGUGGAAUUUUCUCUUUUAAACUAUUUUGUUUUUCAGACUCUAAAUGACGUCUGAAGUUCCCUUCUAGCACCAAAUCUAUGAUUCUAAACAUAAAAUUCCAUGGGAUUACAUGAAGGAUAUGCAAUUAUUUUGUUAAGUUUUGUAAGAACAGGGCAGGUCUGUUGUGCUGGGUUUUACCAUUGUCCAUUGUUUCUGGAUUUCUGAUCUUUGAUGAUUGUCUUUCUUUGUUAAGAAUAAACAUUUGACUCUCAAAA